GCCGUGGCCUGUUUCAAGUGUUUGACUUCGCCAGUUUUCGAAUCUGGGGAACCAUCGCUUUGAGCAAGCUCACUGCAAUGGUCAACCCUUAUCUCUCAUCCCAUCUGCUCACCCUCCCUGAAUAGUCGUAUCAUGUCGGUUCUGAAGCUGCCAGCGAAGGCAUUGAAUUAAUUGUGUAGUAGUUCACUGUGAGAGGUCAAUACUAUUGUCGUAUUGAGAAUAAUUAAAAAUCAUUUGCUUGCAAAUACUCUUACUGGUUUCUGUUACUCGUCCACACUGUUGACGAAUAUGGUGGACCUCAUUCGUGCUGGCCGCAAGGUCUGCUAUCAAGAUGAUUCUUCCACGAAUGUUCUAGGUUUCAUACGAGUUGUGGAUUCAUCAACUGAGGAGAUCCUGGUCGAAACGAGUGAUCACGAUUUCAACUGGGUCAACCGUGAAAGUGUGUUCGUGGAAAGUCAUCUGGGCCUUCAUAAUCCUGUUGAGACGACCGUUUUGGUUUAUGUCCCCAUCAACAGUGAUGAAACACAUGUCAUACUGGAAUAUCCUAAUGGCCAACUGUCCCUUUGCGAUGCAUCAGAAGUUGGUUCUUCCCUGCAGCAUGAUAAUGAUACGCCGAAGGAUGACCUGUGCCACCAUUUCAGCAUCCGUCGCUUCAACGAGCGGUCGCUAGAUCACAGUGUCAGUGUGGAGCAUUGCCUCGUUCGCUAUUUUUGCUACAAGGUCAAUAAGUUCUACACAAACACCGUGAUUGGACAUGACCUAGCUAAGCAGAUGCUGACAAUUUGCGGCAAUGUAACAAAUACGGUGUUGAUUGACCCGGUCACCACUCAUGCCAUUCUGGAAGGAUAUCCUGGAUGCCAGGAAAAGUACACUCGGAGGUCUCGCCGGGAGUGUAUAUGCUGGGAGGCAUUUGGUGUUCGGAAUCCGAAUCCCGAAGAUGCUGCUGUCAAGCGACGGCGGCCUGUCUAUGCUGAUGGUGGUAACCUUCGCCAGGAGCCGACACCUAACAAAGCCAAGCCGCACUCAGCCAGCCUGAGCUUGAAACACGUCUCCAUUGUCAAACGGAAGCCUGAGGCGACUGCUUCCCUCUCGGUCUCUGUCUCUGCGGCAAAGCGCAAGAGAAGAGACUUACCGACAGCCAACAUCGCCACAUCUCUUGUCAUCUCGGACAAUACUGAGGCUGAUGGUCGACUGUCCAUGUUUUCACUUACGUCCAAGACAGCAACAGACACAGCAACAGACACAGCAACAGCAACUAGUGGGGAACCAUCUGAAACGUCCGAAGAUGUGCCUUCCCCCAAAUCUGAUCGUAUGGCGUCAAUGGAGGCUGUGGACAUAGAGGGUGACUGCUCAUUUGCGGAGGCUGAGCCUUCCAAUGGAGAUAGUCGUACCUCGUCCAAAGUAGCAUUGUCCCCAGCGCCCAACAGCCAGAACUGUUCUCUGAUGGGCUCCAUUGUGUCUUCGUCUUCGUCAUGCCAUACUCAUGAGUUAGCAACAGGAAUGUCAGGCCAGCCUGACAGUGGUGAUGGGGUCGUGUUUUCUUGCCACCAGGGGCAGCAAUCAUCUGCCCCUUGCAGUAGCGCAGCAGCAACAGCAGCAGCAACGCCAUCUGUGAACUCAGUGUCUGCCCAAGACUUCUCGCAUAUCGGUGGUGGCCUAUUUUCACAGGACUUUGUGCGUGGACUUUUAGGGCAGCUCCGAACGGAGAUGACAUCUCAAUUCAGUUCUCACUUGCAGGCGCAGCUGUGUCGUGUCCGUGGCAAUGUGUCUGACAUUCGAACACUGGUGAAUGCUCAACCUGACCUUGCCGAUCCCAUCGCAACAGCCUCGCCACUCAGCGAAGAUGACUCAGUAGCUUCUGCUGCUGCCGCCACUUAUCAUGUUUCUACAAACGGUGUUGCAUCUAACCUGUCAUCAGAAAUGGAAGCUUCGGAACAGGGCGUGCUUGCAGAGUCUGAAUCUAGUAUGCCCAACACUUCACUUUCCGCUGGAGCAGUCCCUUCCCCAUUGCUUGCGAGGCUAGUUUCACCCCUGGUGCAGGACAUUGUUUCAGAUGUCGUUCAGAACCAGGAUUUGUUUCACCAGCUGUCCGCAUUGGAAAGUGAUGUGAACGCCUUGUCACGGGACUGUACGAGUCUUGCAGGAUCCCUUCACAGUCGGCAGCAGCAGCAGCAUCAGCAUCACCAUAACUCAGAGACUGAUCAUGUGGUCUGUCCACAAGACAACAACCUACCGCGGGUGAGCCAGUCAUCUCUACUUCAACAAUAUCAACUGAUGCAGCAGAAGAAGCAAGAACAGGAAAGACAGUGCCAGCAGCAGCAGCAGCAACAGCAGCAACAGCAACGGUUAGAGCAACAAGAAGGACGCCAGCGGGAACAACGGCAGAACAUGUCGGCCUCCCAUCUGCAACAGAGCUGUGAGAAGACGGAUGGGGAGCUUGUUCUUAAACAAGAAGACAGCUCCUCUAGUGAUUAUUUAGACCUUGCCCCCAGGCCAGCAUCUGGGUUUGGAAGUGGCCUCCACCGUCGAAAGCAAUCAAACACCUUUUCUCAGGAGCUACCCUGCCAUCUGUACCCGUCCAAGUUUAGCGGCGAGGGCGGCAUUGACCGCUGCCAGUCGUGUCGCGAGCACGUGGUAGCGCAGCGCCAUGCUUCGACCAGCAGCAGCAGCGGCGGCAUGGUGCUGCACAAUGUCAACUCCUGCGCCUUUGUCGGCUUUCGCAAACUGCAGGUUAGCAAAGGUGUGGUGCGGACGGCUGGUUUCUGCACGGUGGACGAAGCCACGGACGACAGUCUGCAAAAGUUCCGCGUCCAGCCUCGGUGCUCGGCAUUCACCCCUGAGCAGGGACGAUAUCUCAUCCGUUUCUUGAAGCAAACUGUCCUUCGGCUUCUGGAGGAAGAAAUUCACUUUGGGUCACUUGACGUUGCAUGCCUCAAAGCCCUGGGCUAUCGGGAGAUCUGCGAUAUCUGCGCCACGACCGUGUUCAAUACUCAUUUUGUAUGUGAGCGCUGCGGGGCCGUGGUCUGCUUGAAGUGCUAUCAGUUGCAUAAGAACAGCGCAGGGACGGCCAGAUAUCAGAAGGCCAAAUAUGCUCACCUCAGGCAAUCAAGCGGAUGGAAAUGCGUACGUGGCGAACACGUUCCCUUGCUGACUCAGGUCAUUCCAACGUAUGUACUGGAAGAGCUGCGUCAGCAGCUGGCAGAGGUGUCCCAGCAGCCCAGCAUCAGCAUUCCCAAAGCAUCGUUGAUGCCGGUGUCUCUGCUGGUGGACUGUGACUGCGUGUACAUGGAGAGUUGUAGCGGAGGAGUCGAUAUGGACUUGUUCAGAUCCGAGUGGUCUGCAGGAAAGCCCAUCAUCAUUGGCAACGUUCAUGAAGUGCUGACGGAGAACUGGAGUCCAGCGGGUAUAUCAGCAGUUGUUGGCCCUAACAAUGAGAAUGCUGACGUGGUGGACUGCAGUGCCAAUGUGCGCUCACUAUGCCGAUCAUCCGUGGAGAAGUUCUGGGAUGGCUUUCAGAGCUUUGAUGCACGAAUUGGCCAUAGCUCCAAUGGAAGUAUUCCAUUACUAAAGCUCAAGGACUGGCCAACCAAGACAGACUUCAAGACUGUCAUGCCGGACCACUAUACAGACCUGAUGAGUCACUUACCCGUACCGGACUAUACACAUCAUGAAGGUCUCUUCAAUUUGUCAGCAAGAUUACCUAACGGAUAUGUUCGCCCAGACCUGGGACCGAAAAUGUACAUUGCAUAUGGAACAGCGGUUAUGGAAUGUUCUACGACAAACCUUCACUUGGAUGUAUCUGAUGCCGUCAAUGUGUUGGUUCACGCAACAUUACCCUCUGCGAAUACUCCAGAAGGAGUUGACUAUCUCCUUAAAGAUCGGCGGAACAUCGAUCAGGUUGUGGGACGACAAUACCCCGAGAUCAAGAAGCGCUGCCAAUCCCGUGUACCGGGUGCCCUCUGGCAUAUCUACAGUGCUGCCGAUGCGGAGACCAUCCGAGACUUCCUGCGGCAGUCACAUAACUCUGCGUGCGCACUGGACCCCAUUCACGAUCAGUGCUAUUAUCUGAAUGAUACGCUGCGCCAGCAACUGCGUGAUCAGAAGGGUGUUGUCGGCCAUGAGAUUGUGCAGUGCCUGGGUGACGCCGUCUUCAUACCGGCCGGUGCACCACAUCAGGUUCAGAAUCUCACCAGCUGCAUCAAGGUUGCUGAGGACUUUGUAUCUCCAGAGCAUAUUGCGCAGUGCGUUUCUCUGACGGACGAGUUUCGCUAUCUCACCGACGAGCAUACCAACCAUGAGGAUAAACUCCAGGUUUGGAGCAUAAUCUACCACUCAGUGAAAGAAGCCAUCGGGGCGUUGCAGUCCAAAAAAUCCCGAUAGCUCACUGCUGCCAUUGGUAUUGCGGCUACUUCUUCGACAUGUACAAUGUGCGCCGUAGCAGCAUGCUGGCCUGGAAUGCAUGGCAUGCAACGUGCUGUAGGACAGACACGUGUGUGUGUGUGUGGAGCUGUACCUCCCUGCCGUGCACCUUGCCCCAUUUGCCUUGUUGUGGCGUACGUGUAGACACGAGUGAUAACUUAGUGUACCUUGUGGACUUGCGGUCAGUCAACAAGUGUGUGCCCUGGGCCGAGUGUCUGCUUGCGAACUAGCCUCGACAAUCGUGUGAUUUAUUCAUUGCAAAUGAGCUGCCAUGCUAUUGGACACCCACCUGUUCAUACUUCCAAGUAGUAGUCAUCACACAACCCCACAUACAUGUACUAGUACUAGAUAGAAUGGACGUCAUCAUCGACAGCACGGGGUCUCCUGGUGACUGGCAGGAGUUCCUAUUUACAGGUGCUACUGCUGAAUACUUGAAUAGUGCUGUGGCGAGUCAACUUGAAUUAUACAACGAUGCCUUUGAACGACAGUUGUGAUCAGCUUUUGACCACUGCAUCAUCCCCGUUUUCCCUCCGCCGUAGGAACUUACUGGCGCGGCAUGGCGUCCAGAGAGUUGGGUUUAUGCAACUCUCUACUGGCCUUAUAGCGCUGUAGACCGGGCCUUACUACGGCUCACAAUCGACUCCCCCCCCCCCCCCCCCCCCUUCCCCUGACGUCUAGGAAUAUGCUCAUGCUCUUUAUCCAGUACCCCCUUUUAGGUUUAUCCGUGUAGUGCGCUAUGCUCUCUGUACACGGACAGUGUGUGUGUGUCGGUGUGCAGGUACAUGUAGUAACCCGGGCACAUCGUGAUACCCCCCCCCCCCCCCCACCCGGAUAGCUACUACAUGUAAUCGUCUUGUCCUAGGUCUUCUGCUUUCUCUUCUUCUUCUUUUUUAACCCUUUUGUUUAUACAUGUACGAUGUACUGUAGUGGCACUAGUAUGAAUUGCGAAGUACGUCUUUGACUUUUGCCUUGAGUGCUUUUAGUAGCUCUUUACGAGUUUGUAGUAGUUGUGAUCGUCCUGAUGUUUAGUGUUAUGAAAAAAUGUCAUGAUCGUG